AUGCAGGCGGGGCUUGGACUGGUGGCUUCUCCGCACCGACUUUCCUGGUACCAGCGCCUCAAAAAGGCCGCAAAGGCUCUUAAGCACGAGGUGCUUGCGGUGUACUACGCCAUGCUAGACCCGCAGACGCCCUUCCUGGCCAAGGCUCUGACGUGCCUGGUGCUGGCCUACGCCCUGAGUCCGCUGGACCUCAUCCCCGACUUCAUCCCUGUAUUGGGCAUCCUAGACGAUCUGAUCCUGCUGCCGCUGCUGAUCGCGGCGGCCAUUGCCCUGCUGCCGCCUGGCGUCAUGGAGGCGGCCCGAAGAAGGGCGUCUCAGGAGCCCAUACGGUUGAGUCGUAACUGGCCCAUGGCGGUGUGUAUAGCGGCCCUAUGGGUGGCCUGUCUGGAGUGGUUGAUGUACUGGCUCGUCAAUCAGUACGGCAACCCGGUCAUGCGGCAGUACUUGCCGUACGGUAUGGUGGGCCUGGGCGCGGUAUGCGCGGGAGGUUUCGUGGUGUGGCUGGUGGGAAGGGUGCGGAAGGAGAGGACGAAGCAGCGGAAGUUGGCGAUGAAGGCGGCGGCGGCGGCUCGGAAGGCAGCGGCCGCUGUGCCGGUGGCGAGCAGCGGUGUCAUGGCGUGUGAGGGCGGGGAAGAGGGCGGUUCGGUUGCUGCAUUGGUUAGUGAUGUUGAGGCGGCGUUGCAUCUCGGUGAUGCAGGCGAGCAGCCCCAGGUAGUCGCUUCCGACACGGAGUGUCGAGGAGGGCCUUUGGUUGUAGCAGGAGCCGACCAUGCUAACUGUGCUGUUGAUAGCCUCGGUUUCGAGGACAUGAUCCAAUGCUGGUGCUAUACUGCCUGUAUGGUUCACGUGUCCUCAAGUGGCAAAGAAUGA